CGAUCUGAUGAUUAAAUCGUGACUUCACUCUAGCUCGCCUGGUGCGAUUACAACGGUGCCGUACUUUACGUUCAAGCCAACUAGAAUAAACACAUGACUCGUAACCGUAUUAUCAGCAACUUUAUGCUAAAAUAUGGUGUAGAUAUUGUUUAAAGUAAAGUCAUUGUACAGCCACAUCCGCAACUAGCUAAUUUUACUUGUUAUCUAGCUGGCUAACUAGCCUGUUACUACGGUAUGCACGUCUAGCUAGCCAGUUCUCAUAAAAGUAGCUUCUGAACUCGUGAAUCAAAGAAUCUCCUUUUCUUGUUUGCUAGUUUAAUAACGAGUAAAGUUGAGCCGAUGGAUAAAAUAUCAAAAGAUGUUGGUGAUAUUCAGUCCAGGCUGAUAGAUCACAGGCCAGUAAUACAGGGAGAGAUUCGCUUCUUCGUGAGAGAAUUCGAGGAGAAACGUGGAUUCCGAGAGAACCGUUUGCUGGACAAUAUCAACAAAAUGGUGAUGGAAACCAAUCAACAAGCAGUCCCCAAGUGUUCAGAGACAAUGCAUAAUCACCUUUGUGAGGCCCUGACGCGAUUAGAGGCAGCUAAUCACAUGGCACAGAGAAUCCAGCAGAGGGAGCUAGAAGCACAGAAGAGCACCCGGCUGCAGACUUGCAUGGACCGGCGCAAGGUGGACUGGGAGGAGUUCCUGAAGGAGCAGACCCGUCUCCGAGAGGAGGUGGACGAUGAGCACGCCAAGGCCGUGGGCCGCCUGAGCACCCAGUACAGCGAGAUGAAGAAGGACCUGGCCAAGUUCUCCAGCUUCUGAGCCCUCCCCACAGCUGAGCGUGCUCGCACACAUGCGUGCUUCUCCGAGCGGAGCGGAGGAGAGGGUCGACGUGUGUGUCCCCGCAAGAAUGGAGCAUGUGUGCGGGUUCUGUGUGAGGGUGCACUUGCGUGUGUGUGUGUGUGUGUGCAUGUACGUGAGUGCGUGCUUGCGUGUGUGUGUGUGUGUGUGUUUGAGUGAGUAUGCACAUUCGAAAGAGAGGCUGUUGACAGGAACACCGCAGAAACCUUUAAUUGACUCAGAGCCUGGCUGAUGGCUCUAACAGAACAUUGAGGGCCCCUCAUGAUCGCCAAUGCCGCAGAGAGUUUGUCAUUUGUCUGGAUCAGAAUAAGAGCUGUCUAAUAAAGAACUCUGCAUUUCCACAACCCAUUAAAGAGAGAGGGCUGCUGUCAUAGGACUGGAAAGAUACAUAAUGCCAGAGGUUUGGAAAAUGUCAACAUCUUUAAAAAACAAAGGAAAACCGCAUAGCUUUUUUGGCUGAGAUUUUAACUCGCAGAAAUUUCUGCAUCUAAUUUUUUAAACAGAGCUGUGUUUGAGUAUGUUGGGAGUCCAUUGGCUUCCAGUGUUGAAUGAGAUGUUAAAAGGAGCAGGAAUCUGGCACAGAGAUGUGACAUUGUAAGUUAUGUAUACUGUUGUAGACUUGUGUGAGCCCGGGCAUGUUGGACUGCAAAAACUGUCCAGAGCCUGAUUGUUUAACAGAACCACAAGGCACGUUGGCCAAUACACACUUCGCACCUCCACUCUCUUAAGUGUUCACCGCAAACUCUGUGGAGUCCACAUUGUUAAAAGCAGACGUAAAUCUGGAGCUGCCCAUGCUUGGGUAUGCUUGGCAAGGUGGGCAAACACACGGGAGGGGGGUGCCUGACGUGCUAAGGCAGUGGUGAGAGGUGUACGUUUGCCCCGAACAAUGGCAGCCUGUGUGGAUGGAUAGCCUGGUAUCAUGUCACAUUCCUGGCAUGUGGACAGCGGUGAUUAACUUCAGCUGAGGUGACAGCAUAAAUAUUUGAAAUGACUUUUAACAACAUCGAGCAGAGGGCCAGACUGUUUCUUUUGUCCUUCUUCAAGUGGGGGGGAAACAACCUCGUCAAUCAUUGUAAGAAAAUAAACAGGCA